CAGGAAGUCAACCUGUUAACUGCUGAGACGUGUUUGACGUUAGAGCAGAGUGCAAACAAACAAAACUGAUGUUCAGUUAGACCUGGAGUUAUGGACCGACUGCAGUGUGUGCUGCUGUUGUUCUGCUUCUCUACCUGCUGGUAUCCUCUUCAAACUCUUGAACAAGCUGCUCUGCAUUUUGCUGUACUUGCUGACUGGGGUGGUUUACCAGUGCCUCCAUACUACACUCCUCAUGAGGAGGCUGUUGCUGCAGAAGUGGACAGUCUGGCCCAGACUGAGGGAGUGGACUUUGUCCUAAGCCUGGGAGAUCACUUUUACUAUAGUGGUGUCAAGAAUUUGGAAGACCCCCGCUUCAAGCACACAUUUGAAAGGGUCUUCUCUCAGCCAUCUUUACUACAUAUCCCAUGGUACCUGGUCGGUGGAAACCAUGACCACAAGGGCAACAUCUCAGCUCAGAUGGCUUACUCUGAUGUGUCCCAACGAUGGGAGAAACCUCAAGCAGAACCAGGCUCAAUGUGGGCGGUCAUCUGCCUCGACCGGUUGGGGAAUUACCCUGGUCUCUAUUAUGACCUUAAUUUUAAUGUCCCACACACAAACAUGUCAGUGAGCAUACUGAUGAUUGACACAGUGGUGUUAUGUGGAAACACCUAUGAACAAACCCAGCCUACAGGACCAGAGGACUCCAGAGCAGCAGAUCGCCAGUGGAACUGGAUCACAUCUAAACUGGCCAGCAGCAGGUGAGCCACUGUGUUCAAACCUUACAUACAAGUCAACCAGCUUUCAAUUAUUCAUUAUUAUGUUUUGAUAGGAAUUUAAGUGAUGUUUCGAGAGCGAGUAACAAAUCACAUGAAUGAUGAACAUAACAAUAGAAAAAAACAUUAAAAACAAUACAAAACAAACACAAUUUCAGAUAAUGGCAGUGCCUAGCAACCACCUCACCCCCAACCCCCAAGUGAAUCUCCUUAUAUUAUGCUAGGUGUUGUUUGGUCAAAUAAAAAAUUAAAAGAAAAAAA